CAAGGCUUCGUUGGCUUGGGAUGUUGGCGUUUACCCGAAAACGAUACAGUAAUAGCAACAAGCUUGGAGGGAUCUCAUAAUGGAUUGGAAGGACUUUACUGGGAUAGGUCUGUAUUGUAACUGAUUUUUUUUCUUCUAAUUUUUUACUACAUGGACACACGGAAACCCAUCAUGUCAAUAGGAUGAGAAUUUGGGAUUGUUUACCAAUUUACAUAAUGAAAGUCAUAGCUUUGGAAAGUAAAUACGUGCAAAAUUUCAGGGCUGCUCGGCUAUUUAUCUGUGAAUGCAAUCAUUUGGAAGUUAUCUGUGCAAAUCAGAGGUUCAUAACCCGGAGCGAGCAUCUUCUAUGCGCUCUUGCACGGAUAAGAAAGAUUUUGGUGCGAAGUUUGAAUAUCGAAUGCGCUCAUCAGACAUGGUGAAGUUUCUAUUCGCCGGUAAAAGUUCCCUAAAAUGUGUCUAAAAAUAAACUCUGGUCCGUAAAAACGGCGUAGGGCUUGUAUAGUAUGGGAGUUGCUCCGGCGCUCCGACCUUGAUUUUCAAAUCUCUGAUUUUACUUACCUUGUCACCGAACCAUAAAUUGGUGACCGAUUCCCUCAAAUUUUCCAUGUAAACUGCAGAAGACGGAAAUCGGAGUUUCAUUUUUUGAAACCCUCGCGGUUCCAUCUGGAUUUUCUUACAACCCAUUUUUUGCCAACUGGCCCCCGCCCUAAUACCACUUUCAAGUUUCUAGGGACUAAAAAAGAACUGUUUGCUCUUUUUUGUCGUAAACAUGAAUAGAAUUGAGUUGUAUCAUGAGCCUUAGUACCACUAAAUUUUCCACUUUUUAUUAAAAGAAAUAAAGCAUGGCACAGUUUUCAUUCUACUGGUCCUAGUACCGCGUUACAACCAGGCGGUGAUUUCAUUCUAUUUGUUUGUCGGUUUGUUUGUCUGUUGUUGUUGUUCAGUUUUAUAAAAACCGUGAAAACUUAGAUUCUGAGUACCAGAUUGCCCGACUGCGCGCGGACUUAUGGAAAAUCUUGUUCCCAGUCUCCUCAGUUUGCCACGGCUUGGAAUGCCUGGGAUAUUUUUCCGCAAGAUGUCUGGUAGGCUUCAUCGUCAAAGAUUGAGUUUUGUCUUGUUUACAACGAAGUCAUGGCUUUUAGUACUCUUUUAUCCGAAAUAAUGCAACUAUUAGAAAGUAAUUUUGGAUAAACGACCCAACUUCGUGAUGAAAAUGCUUUUUAUUUUGCACAUUUAACGGUCAAUGUGAUUGCAUGAAGCCGACUGUCCAUGAAGCCCGUGAUUGAAAGCAAUUAGGUAGGUAGCGUUACUUCACAUAGUCCUAAAAAAAUGAAACUAGAAUUGAAAAGGGCUUGCACUAUUUGGUUGAAAACCCUUAGUAUGGUGCCGUGAGCUUAGACUGCACGGAAUUCUCUAAACCGAACUGAUCGAUAUUCAACGGUCGAAUCCUGUCACACAUUGAUCCUAAGUACAAGUAAUUGAGCUUAUAAUCUUGUUCCCCUCCUCGACAUACCCUCGUAGAAGAGUUUGGCUUGAAAGUUGAGGUUGUGGAAAGUUUUCUUACUAACUCUACUGCUGUUUUGCAGAGCUAAUUCCGUCACACAAUGUGCUGCAGUGGCUAAAGACAAAGGAUAUAAGUAUUUUGCAAUCCGGAAUGGUGGUGAAUGCCUUUCAGGUAGAAACCUUUAUUCUAGGCAUAAGGAACGUGGAGAAUCAGACGAAUGCUUUGAUGGUGAAGGAGGUCAUGAUGCCAUGAAUGUGUACAACAUAACAGGUAAUAUCUAAGGGAUUAAUGGUAUUAUUAUUCAUUCAAACUGACAUUUGUUCAUUUCUGAUUGGCUCAAAUCCCUGAGCUAAUUCUUCAUAACCAGCUGGGGCAGACCAUAUUUGGAAUUAGAAGAUUUAGGCAAUAACCUACUGAUACAAUGGAUAUUUAAUAAAACCUCAGCAUCAGCUACAGUGGAACCUUGAUACAACAAAUCUCUAUAUAACAGGGCUUCUGACAGGUCGUGGAAGAAAAAGUCAAAUUUCGCAGGAUUUUUAGGGAAAAAUUCGCAGAAAAAUUGGCCGAUGUCAUGGGAGUUUUCGGAGCAAACAUCACCAAAAAGCAAUGGCUAAAAAACGGCCAAUUUUGUGGUUAUUUUCAAGGCAAAUUUCGCUAGAAAUUGGUGGGUUUGGUGCUGAUCAGACCAGCGUUUUUAACGUUUUUCCAACAGAGGUCAUCAUUUGCUCUUUUAACAACAAUAUGCUCCAGAAAUGAACCAAUGGCAAGGCCUUUAACAUCACGGCUAGUGGUAGUUUCGGGAUGUUGUUUGUACCUUUCAGUCACGAAGUCCCAAGAUAAACUUGCAUGCAGGAUUUUGCGGAUUUACCUGAAUUUCACGGCUCCGCGACCGUCCAAAAUAUCAGAAGCCCUGAUAUAAUGAAAUCCUCAGUUUAACUAACGAUUCUCUCUGCCCCAGUAAUAGUGAAAUAUAUGGAAGAGAACCUUGAUACAACAAACACCUGUGAUAACAAACAAAAUUUUUUUCAGUCCAUUGGCCCUUUGUUAUAUUGAGGUUCUGUGUUUCCAGUGGGUAGGUGAUAUAAACACAAAUUCUAAUUUAUUUAACACCCCUUAUAUGUGCUUUUAAUAGGGAAUAUCCCAGAGCUAGAAGAUUUUGAAGGUGACAUCCUCCUUACAAAGGUUCAGAAAGCUAUGAUAAGACCUUUGCAUCAAGAUGUGGCUGCCGCGGGAGUUUGGUCCAAAACUCAGUUUAUGUGGCCUGAGAGAACUGUUCCUUAUUAUAUCCCACCUGAUCUUGGUAAGAUUACUCUUUCAGUUAUAUUGUUUUAAGCCAUCAGCUACGCAGGCUAGAAUUGGUGUUUGAUAUAUUUUACAGGGAAUGGUGUUGUUAGGAAUAAAUACCAACCCCCAACCAGUUUUCCUCGCCUACUGCCUUUCAACUUUUUGUUCGCAAUUUAAUGAGCACUCACCUGUCGCGGGUAUAUGAAAUCAAUUACCCCUGCACGUGGACUCUAGUCCCUACGUGCCCAUGCCACUUGUAAUUUAUUUUAUUUUUGUACGAAUGUUUGAGUGUUCAUUUUAUUUUGUUUUAACCUAGGUCUUAAUCUAGGGGCGGUGCCUCGCAUUGGACGUUAGUCCUGUUGCACCUACCCCUUUUGGGUGUUUCCUUCUUUUUUUCUUUUCUUUUGUGUUGUAUUAUAAAUUUAUGUUAUAUAUUACAAGAGGAGUACCCAAUAAAGCUGUGGAAAAAAAAAUUAUUCAUUAUAUGUUAGAUAGAAACAACUCGGUAUGCUUUGCAGUGUAUGUGGCCGUGUUGACAAACUCACAAGUUCUUCGCAUGCAUGCUGAGAUAAACUUGUAUGCACAAGUUGAUGUUAAGGCCAUAUAAUGCAGUACUGUACUAUUGUAACCCUGUGUAUAGCCUUUAAUGACAUCAGGGUAAAGCCACUCUUACAAAUUAAAUCAAGUUUUAAAAUGUGGCCAAGAAAUUUAAUAGCAAAAUAACAAAAUGUCAGCCAAGUUUUUUUACUUGGGUUUUGUUGUAGCUGUCCAUUUUGUUACCAGAAAAGCUCACUCUCUGUAGAAACGUAACAUGUAAGGGCUUUGUCUGAUUAUGGUCAUGGCUCACUUAACUUGAUUAGUGAUAUGUUAAUAUAUAACUAUGUUGUGCUUCCAUUUUGUUAUUGGAUAAAUUUCCUUUUUUCGUUUCAACUUCGUCUUUGUAUAAUAAUUAUUAUUGCCUUGCCAAAGAACAAAGAAGAAUAAAUUGAAAUUUGUUAAGAACUAUAAAAUGCAGAGUGAUUGCUGUAUUGUAUUUUAUUUUUACUCCAUCCUAUAGGUAAUACAUUAGUUCAGUGUACAAUAUUAAUUAGCACAAGGUUGUUUAAGCUGCGUGUACAUACGUGGAAAAAAAUAGAAUAGAGAAGGGCACAUUAUAGUAAAACUAAUUAUGGCCCUUUAACAAGAUUAACUUUAUGCUGGUAUAGCUUUGUUAUUCAUUAAAACACACCAAAGUAGCCAGCUUCGAAAGACGCAGCUAUCAUCAUUGCUGACCGCUGAUUGCUGAUUGCUCUUGUGGGCUUGCUCUUAGACUCCAAAGACUGGGAUUUCUUUAUUUUCAAUAUCCUUUCUAAUUCUUAAGCAAAUCUUCUGGUUGUACAGAAAAAAGUAAAGUGUAUCAUUAAUUUUUGCAAGUAGUUUCCUUCAUAGACAAUAGGGCCAUUUAUACAAGGAAAAAUCCCAGUCUUACAUAAGACGCAUCUUAAGACGCAUCUUAAAUAAGACGCGAACUUUCCGUAUAAACGGCACAUUUCGUCUAAAAUAAGACGUUAAGACGCGUCUUAUUAGAAAAGACAUGCUCGUAUAAAUGGUACAGUUCGCGUCUUAUUUAAGAUGCGUCUUAUGUAAGACGCGUCUUAUUUUUCCUCAUACAAAUGGCCCUAAUGUCUCACGAGCGGAGGUCAUAGAUUUCAUAGUAACAGCAACAGCACCUUACCGUAUUUAUUCAAAUAACAUCACCCUCAAAUAAAUGCCACCCUUGAUCAAAUGCCGCAGAUGAAAGCAAAAUUACCAAUAAAUGCCACCCUCUAGUAAAUGCCGCACCUAAUCAGUAGAAUGUGGUGUUUACUCAAGCAUAAUAAGAAAAACGUUGGUACAACUUGGUAAUUUACACCAUCCAGACAUUUACGUUUCUACAUGUAUCUCAUCAAAAUACGAAUGUCAAUGGAACCUUAAAAUUACUUAAUCUUUACAAACCAUUUACAAUAACUGUUGUCAGUGAUUAAAAAAAAAAUAUUUUGAAAUAAACAUCGCCCUUAAAUAAAUGCGUCAUUUGAAGUGCUAAAAAUGUAAUAAAGAGUGCAGCGUUUAAUCAAAUAAAUACAGUAUUUCUUCCUUUAAAACAAUAUCAGAGACAUUGAGUGCUUCUAUCGAGCAUUCAUUGAGUCAGGUUGUCUAAACUAAAUACAAAAAUUAAUGUUUACUUGAGUGAUGGAAAGUUGAUUUACUCAACCUGGUUAACUCACUGCUGACCAGAACCAGCAUCCCUCUUUAAUAGUUGUCAUGUGUUUCAUUUUUCAGUUGGCCAUCAGUUAGCUGACAAGUUUAAUCAUGGGAUGAGACACUGGCGCGAACAAACAUGCAUUCAGUUUGUCCCCAAGUCUGGUCACAGAGAUUGGAUUGAGUUAUAUAGAGAAAAGAACCCUGACAGCCGUAGGUAACGUGGUUAUGCCAAUGGUUAUAUAUGGUAAAUUCAAAUACCCUGCUAGUGAAAGUUCUUUUCUGGCUUAGUUUUUCAUUGGCCUUUGAAGAGUCUAUGCAUGCUUAAAAGUACAUGUAAUGUCAUAAGGCCUACACUUGUAGUUAAGGAUUGUGAUUUGGGCAAGCUGUAGCUGUAGAACAUACUAGCCCAAAAUUUAUUUUAACUAGCCCUUCUCUUUACAUUUUUUUAUGAGCAUGGGUGAUUACAGUUCUUCUUGUAAUUUGAAUUCCCCCAAAAACUUUACUUGGCCUUUGAGCAAGUUACAAAGAGAAUUUACUAUCGUUAUAGCAGAAUUUACUAGCCUCGAACUGCUGGACACUAUUUUCUUUGCAUGCUGAGGGCAGCGGGCUGGGGAUUUUUCCAGCUAGGAAACAAAAUAAAAAAUAGAACCAAAAGAAAUUCCUAUCUGCAUGUUCAAUACCCCACCUGCUUAUUGCAUAUACCAAGAGAGGAUAAAGUCUUAGUGACAGCCCUGUAUGUUGGAAAGAAACCUCAGUUAGUAGGGUUAGAGAAAUGGGCUAAUUGCUUCUGGGGAUCAGUUAAACCUUAUAAAUAAGCCAGCAUCAAAGAUGUAGCAGGCCAUUUUGUAAGCUUGUAGCCAAACAAUGAAUGAAAAAUCAUUAUAAAAUAUAGAUUUAAAACUCCAUCAUUUUUUCACCUUUCUCCAGUUUGUGUAUUUAAUACACAAACAAACAUGUAAUUAUGUAAAUUGUUUUGUAAUACAAACCCAGGCAAAAAUAGUGCAUUUGAGGGAGACCAAGGCUAGCCACUGGUUCCGUCUUCACGCUGAUCAUGAGCUUUAGUUAGUGAUGAGCCUAACAAUGUGUCUGUUUUAGGUGCGCCUCUUCAAUUGGUCGCAUUGGUGGUUACCAGCCAAUCAAAUUAGGAGACCACUGUCCGGCAGGCAGCCUUAUUCAUGAAAUGGGACAUGCCCUGGGAUUAUGGCAUACGCAGUCUCGGCCAGACAGGGACGGUUAUGUUAAAAUAAUAUGGGCAAAUAUCCUACCAGGUAAAUGCAUUGUAACUUUCGUCUGAUCAAGUAAUUGUCUUGGGCAAAUAGAGAAGAGAAAUGAUGGCAUGACAAAAACUAAAUUUUUGAAAUUAUGGGAUUGAUUGGUUUUUCUUGUUCUUUCUGGAUAUGCUAACCUAUCCCAUAAUUUAACAAAUUUGAAUUUUUGUGACGUCACAUCAGCUUCUCUAUAGGAACUUUGCAGUUACCUCUGUCUGUGGCCUACCUCCCUGAUAUAGGGGCACCUAGAUGUGGUGCCUACAAUUCCUCUAACUUUUUAUUUGGCCCACUUUAAGGUAGAAAUCUCUCUAAGAUGGGAAAUUUAAUUCCGGUUCUAUAGAGUUUGCUGUAUUCUCGUUUUUCUUUUGGUAGAAGACGCAAGGGGAUCAUUUGCUGUAACUGUUUCAUUUCAGACGGCUUUAAACUCGCUCUAGCAAGUUUAUAACUUCAACUGCAACUUUGUUUGAAUUCACAAAUAACUUACAAUGAAUACUUAAGACUGGCCUGCAACUAGACUGCUAGCAGUGUCUCUUUCUCUUCAGAUUUAGGCCCGGUUCAGACGCCGUACUUGUCAUGAGUACAGAAUGAAUUAAGUACAUGAAAAGUUCGGCCUCUGAAUCAAUUAGGAAAGCCUGUUUCAGUUUGGAACCGCUCAGCUGUUCUUUCCGCCUAGCCCGGCCGGGAAUUUCGCCUUUGGAUCGACUCUGGAACGCUUUUGAUUCAGACGCCGCACUUUUCAUGUACCGAACCUAGUGCAUGAAUUCUUGUAACGUGUUUCAGUUUGUAAGCAGUUUGACCGAAAUGAGCAUUUUUCUCCUUCUGAAUUUAGUUCGGCUGGAAUUAAGAUCGGCGUCUGAAUCGAUUCAGCCGGUCUAAAUAAUUUGGGUCGGCCUUAAUUCGAAUAUAGGUUCGGCUUACGAAAAGUACAGCGUCUGAACCGGGACUUAGUGAGAGGAGUGCACGCACGAGCGAGCGUCGAGCGAUGAAGCCGCAAGACACGAGAAACAAGGGCAGCAGCCCGAGAAGUCACGCGUGUAGUCAUUUUCGUCUCUCGCCUAUUUCUCCCGAGGAGCUAACUCUAUGGAAAGAGAGAGACUACUCGUAGUCUAGUUUAUAACUCAUGAACCCUUAAAGCGCCCUGUAAAUCUUAACAAAAACAACAUGCCAUGCCAUUGUCAUUUCAAAAUAAGUGAUCUGUUUUUUUUUUUUCUCUCUCUGUUCAUGCUAGGUAAAUCAGAACAGUUUUUGAAAUAUGAACACGGCAUUGUUGACACGCAAAAAAUACCGUACGACUAUAUGAGCAUUAUGCAUUAUGGAAAAGACUACUUCGCAAAGUUGGAUGCAAGCAAAAGGCAUUAUCUUACCACUAUCGAGACUAAAGAUACGAAAUAUCAAAACUCUAUUGGCCAGAGGAAGUACCUGACGCCGAGUGAUGUCCUUACGAUAAAUACCGCGUAUGGAUGUCCCGGUAAAUAUUAAUAUUAACAUUGAUUUUUACUUUUUCUGAGGAUAAUUGCGUCACAAAGAUUGAGUGCUUUUUGCAAAAGAGGUAAUGUGUUGUUUUUAAAUCUGUAGUUCAAAUUACCUCACAACAAUACAAGAAUAGGGAGGGGUUUUAGAACAAAAUGAAUUAGGAUACUGUUCACUGUCGCUCAUAAGGCCUUAGCUUAUACAUCUUCGCCAGGGGUUUCAAGGCUGGUUUUCACUAGCGACGGAGUCGGAGUUGGGGUCGUAAUCAGAAGAGUAAGACUUUACGACCUAGUGAAAACAGCGUUCUGAUUCCGCUUACCACUCCGUCGGCUGUCGCUUAAGAUCAAGUGAAAACUAGGUUGUCGGAGUCGCAAGCAGAAGCGUAUGAACCAAACCAAUCACAAAAGCGUUGGAACGUGUAUUGUGAUUGGUUUAUCCUUCCGCCACUGCUUUCGACUCCGACAAUCUGGUUUUCACUAGAUCUUAAGCGGAGUCAAAAGAAAAUGGAAACGUUCUGAUUCUUUUGACUCCGACUCCGGCGCUAGAGAAACCCAUCCUUUAGGAGCGCUUGUAAACGGAGGGGCUUGUAUUCGAGGUGGCUUGAUAUCAAAAAAGAAAGAGCGCUUAAAAACGUCGUAAAAACGACGGGCACAUGGAUCCAAUCCUUCCGCCCUUACAGCCAAACUGGACAAAUUUGCUUACACACGUGUUUAUUUAUAUAAAGAAAGCCACUCCCGAGGGAGAAACGCACACACACUCCUGAAAUAGAUCUCUCCCUACUAAUUCGUUAGAAUUAAGGCCAGUGUUACGCGAGCGAGCACUGGGAAUAGGGCUAGAAGACAAAGGGAAUGGAGAAUCAACCUAGGUUAAAAAGAAAUUGACCCGAAAUCAAAUUUCACCACCAAGCCUCGUUACGAAGUUAAAAAAUUAGCGAAGUUUCAAAGAAAUGAAUUCCCGAGGCAGUAAAUUGAGGCAGUAGAGUUGAAAAACAAAAAAUGCAAAUGGAAAAAGUUUUGAUCACAAGCGAGGCUUGGUGGUGAAAUUUACUCGUCUGACGUAAUCAUAAAUAAGGGCUAUCGUUGAACUCACGCAAUACAGCGUUUUCACUUGAUUAGCAGCUAUUUAAACUUAUUGAACAAAAGAAUGGAUUUUCUCAGCGGACUGGUUUGGAACAUUAAGAUCGCCGCCGUUUUAUUGUUUUGGAACACUAAAUGUUGCAGAUGUGACGUCAUUUAAAAACGCUCCAUAGUUAACUAUCGGUGAGCGUUUUAUUUUUUUUUCCAGUUAAUCAGAUAUAAUAGAGAAUUAGUUACAUUUUGUGAUGUUGCUGUUGUUGUUGUUGCUCUUGUUAUUAGAGAGCUUUACAGGGUUGCCACUCAUCAGAAAGUUAAAAAUUCCCUAACUUUUCCCUGACUUUUCACUGACCUUUUAUUAAUGAGAAACAAUCCAUUUUUACAUUUGCUUUAGCAUUUUUAGCAGGCCAUCGAUAGUUUUCUCUUCAUUUUCAUCCUCUUUCAGCUUUUUGCGGAAAGAGGAAGAAGGAAUUUGGAGGAAAGCAUUCACAACGAAAACCACUGACCACAAGUAAUGCAUGUGUCAGGCGCAGAGUGUUUAAUUGAUCGCCUUGCAGCAUACUUUUCAUCUUUCCCGAAAGAAAGCGCAUUUCAAAAUCGUGAAGAAAACUUACGAACUAAAAACCGGAAAACAGAAUUCCCUGACUUUUCACUGACUUUGACAAUAUUAAAGAUUUCCCUGACCUUGAAAAAUUUUCGUUUUUCCCUGACUUUUCCCUGACCGUGGCAACGCUGGCUUUGGAUUCGAGGACGAGAACGACUACGAGUACGAGAUUUGACUGAAAGUUUUAUCGCGUGUUCUCCAAAAAUAGACACCCUGGAAAGCUUCGUUGUACUUAUGAUUCACCAGAAAAGUUAGCACUGUUAUCUUUAUUAAAGGAGGUUAAGCCCUCUUCCGAUUGCAAAAUGAUAAAACGUGUAACAUUUGAUAACUCCUUUCCGCCACUAGGACAUUCACGCUAAAACUCAUAGUAAAAUGACGACGAUUUUCCCGCCAAAAUGACGCUGGUUUACGGGCGAGCAAUACUCAGUAUCGAGGAAAUCUCGUACUCGUAAUCAUACUCGUCCUCGAAUCCAGUGCUCUCUAUUGUUAUUCUGAAGAAAGUAUUACUUUAGGCAUAGUUAGUAGAGGAGGCUGGUUAGGAAACCCGGCAAACAUCAAAGUUGAAAGCAAUGGUGUUCUAGGUUAUGUUGGAAGCUCCUUGACCGUGCACAAUUCCUUGUUUUCUGUUCACAAAUUAUGACUGAAUAAAUUACAUGUAAUACAAUGUUUCUUUUUGGUCGAUGACUUCAAAAUGAUAGGAAUGCUAUUGACCACUCCAGAAAAUACCAUAGUGUACCAUUAUACUCUUUGUUUGUCACCCCAAAAUUUUGCAUAAGCAUUGUCUUCAGUUUCUCUUGGGAGAUUAAAAAAAGGCCCCAAAAGAGAGUGAAAACAAUGCUUAUGCAAAAUUUUGGGGUGACAAACAAAGAGUGUUAUGGUAUGUUAUGGUAUUUUCUGGAGUGGUCAGUUGAAGGCUGUGCACGGUCAGGUCCAAAAAAGCUAACAAAAACCUAUAACAAAGGGUUUCCCAGCCAUUCCACUUUAAUUAACUAUGCUGUAGGUUAUCUGUUUUUCUUUCCAUCUUUAUUUUUUUUUCAAUCUUUCUCUUAAGAUUACCCAUACAUGUGGCACACUGGGAGUUGGAGUGAUUGCUCAGAAUCAUGUGGUAAAGGUAAACAGACAAGGAAAGUCUUUUGUGCCAAAGGCGGUGGAAAGCAAGCCGAUCCCAAGUUUUGCUGCAAGACGAAACUCCCGGAAAAUUCUCAAAAAUGCUAUGGAAGGCUAUGUGGUAAAGUAAAGUUAAUUCUUUCGUUACGUAUUGAAUGUCUGGUCAUAACUCUAUACAUUACGAACAUAAAGUAACUGUUAAGGGAUUUUCAAAUAAUUUCAUAUAUUUUCUGUAAUUCUUCUUUCAAGGUAUCUUCGUGUAAAAACAGAGGAGAAACGUUUGGAUGGUCAUCUGUCAAGGGUUAUGAUUAAUUGCAGAUUUACUUUAAUAGUUUGCCAAUACAAAAUACACACUUAAUAUUGACCGGAAAGCCCUAAACAGGAAACAACUUCCCUCACUGAAGGGCUACCUAAAUUCACAAUAAAUAAAAAAAACAACUAAAAGAAAAAAUCAUAAAUACCUAGACAAGUGGCAAUCAUGUACAAUAUUAAACUAGAAUAUAAUUAAACCAUAGUUAUUAGAGGAGACUGGUUAUGAAAAGCGGCAAACAUCAAUGAUAAAAACAACAGUGCUGCAGUUUAUGUUGGAAGCACCCUGAAAGUGCACAAUCCUUUGUUUUCUGUUGGCAAAUUGUUACGGAAUAAAUUAAUGCAACGUUAUUAUUGGUCAACAUAAUCAAAAUGAUAGGAAUUCUUUUGAACGUUGUGCACUUUCAGGUCCACAAAAACAUAUAACAAAGGAGUCUGACGGGUUUCAUAACCAUUCCACUCAAUUAACUAUGAUUAAACUAGUAAGAAAAAUAAAUUGAGAGAAUGUAGAAAUAUCCUUCAUGUGUAGAAAGGAUUUCAGGCAAUCCUUAAAAUCGUCUAAAGAUUCAGUUUUUCUUAAACGUAGAGGCACAGAGUUCCAUGACUUUACUAUUCUAAAGAAGUAAGAAAAUUUUAAAACAUUAGUUCUUGCAUAUCUAAGUUUAAACUGGUAAUUAGUAUGUCUGAGGUUAUAUUUACAUGUGGAACUGUCAGCAGACACAAGAUAAUAAGACAGAUCCAAAUCAUAUAGGCCCAUCAUGCAUUUAAAAAGGAAAAUUAAGUCCAUAAAGAGCCUCCUUGAGGCCAAGGAAAGAAGAUUCAGUUCCUGAAGUCUCUCUCGAUAAGGCUUGUCCUUUAUGAUCAGUUUAGUGGCUCUUCGCUGAACUCUUUCAAUUAAGUCAAUCAAAAACGGCUGAUGUGGCGACCAGACCUGGGAGGCAAAUUCAACGUGUGGUCUGACUAAAUGAUUGUAUAGUUUGAGCAGUACAUGGGGUUGGGUACAAGUACCACAAGUUCUCUUGAUCAAGCGUAGGACUUUAUUAGCGGUGUUUACUUUGGCCAUGAUAUGGUUAUUCCAGGAUAGAUUGUGACUUAUCAACACUCCUAAGUCUUUUUCUUCUGAUGACAAUGGGAUACGUUAGGUUCCAAGGCUGUAAGAGGUUUCCAAUCUCUUCCUUUUGUUCGUGAUGUAGAGAUGUUUACAUUUCUUAGUGUUAUCGUGAAAAAACAGUACUGAAAGCGGCAAUUGUUUAAAACUCAAGAAAGAAACAUGCUCAUGCAGUUACUAAGCUACAUGAAUUGCCAGCAUAAUCCCUAACCCCUUUGAAUGAUGUCACACUGGUCCCCAUGCAGCAGCGUGAUAGCCCUUAUAAAUAACACUUUUAUGUUCUUGCGGAGGUCAUCAUCAGUAUUAUUGAGCUCAAUCACUUUGACCUCUUGCAAAUUGCCCCCCUCCCCCUAGCUCCUUUUUCGGCUCUUAUGUCAAGUCGCCUGUGGAUAUAUCCGAGUGUGAGUUCAGUCUGUUCUAUUUUUUGCCCGUUAUUUAUGGCUACUUCUAAGCUGACAGACCAAUAAAGAUAUGUUUCAUACUUUCUUUAGAAAAGUGUCCAUACGGUUGGCUUGCUUUCAGCAACGCUUGCUAUCAAGUGAAUAAAGAAGCAAAAGACUUAAAAGCUGCAACCGAGUCUUGUCUCGAUAAAGGAGGUGGAAUCCUCACGCUAUGGAACGCAGAGGAAGAAAAUCUUUUGCGAGCAGAGUUAUUCAAGAUGCAAUUGCACAAUGUGUUUUAUUGGCUAGGUGAGGCUAUUUUUCUCUGAAUCUAGGGUAGACUAAUCUAGGGUUGCUUGCCAUGAACACAAAUCACUUGGGUGGAAGUCUUGUGCAUAAACAUAAAACUAUAUAAUUUCUUUAAAAAUAUUGUAAAAUAAGCCGCAGAGAAAAAACGAAAAACGGAAGAAGCAUGCAAAAGAAGUGCUUUUGGCAUUCAUGCAGAACUUGUUCUUUGUAUUUUCAAUGUAUAAUGAUUAUCCUUAGGCAUUUCCUUUGACUGAAGUAUUUCUACGUGCAUCAAUUAAUGACGUGACUGUUCUUUUAUUGCUACAAGCAAAUGAAGGCUAAGGGGAGCGUACACACAAAAGGGUUGUUACGAUUUCCAUUGCGUGUUGUCAAUAAGAUUUAGUUACAUGAGUUUGCAUCAUGAUUUUGAAACCUCACUUAACACGUACGUUAAAAAGUGGCUACCUGCAACAAGAUCCACGCUUUAGAAUGGUUUACUGCACGAUGACAGCCUCAUUAUAACCUAGAGGCUUUCUUAAUCACUUACAGUAAAAACCCACGAGUAAGAAGCUAAGAUUUAAGAACCUGUCAGGCUAAAAUGUGCAAUUUAGACCCCCUCCAUAUAAUAACCUCUUUAGCCUAAAAUUUGUAGAAAGGUUCUUAUAUAAAUGUUGUUUGAUUGAGGUCAUUGAGAAAAUGUUUAUAAUAUUGUGUUUUACAGCACAGUCAUGUAUAUAAAGUUGUCUUGACUCAAGAAAUUAAAAUUCAUGUAAGAAUAGAUCUCUAUUAUGGUCAUAUUAAAAUAUAAGCAAUCAUUAGGUAUGCAAAUUUAAGGGUGCUAAUCACUAAAAUCUUCUUAGCAACAACAUAAUUUUUUGCAAGAAAUUAAGAACCUAUUAAGAACCUAGAUAGGCUAAAUUUAUGUUAACCACCAUUUAUGUAAGAACCUGUUUAGGCUAACCAUGGAAAAUGUAGGUUCUUACUCGUGGGUUUUUACUGUAUAUAAAUAAGGUAAACUGUUUUUUUUUUUAAUCAGGAGCGAAGUACAGCCCGAGUAAAGGCAGUUUUUUGUGGCCUGAUGGUAAAGCAGUUGUCUACAAUUCGUGGAAUCCUGGAGAACCUCGAUUUGGAUUAGAUUGCUCGUUAAUGAUCAACAGGAAAGGCUGGGGAACAGAAAGGUGUGACAUGGAACGAAAUUACAUUUGCAAAAAAGGUGCGUCAAUUACAAGAUAAUAUCGCCUUAUUUGAGUAUUAUAAUAUGUGGAUUUUAAUUUCUAGACAGUUUACUGCUUUAAGUUUGUAGUAGACAAAUCUUCUAUUUUUGCCAUACAGAACUAAAAAGCUACAAAAGGAAUGAGGUCGAGGCAAACACUAAAAGUCACGACUACAAGUGGCAUACAAAGGAUUGGAACGAGUGCACAAAGUCUUGUGGUGGGGGCCAGAGGAAUAGAGAAACAUUCUGCGCUGAUGAAAAGAAGAAUAAAGUAGACGAGUCUCUCUGUAAAGGUAUCGGUAAAUGAUUUUACUGACCUUCGUAGGUUCAUCAUAAUUGAAAAAUGGAAAAGUUAAUAAGGUACUUCAGUUUUUGGCCGUCGUCAACACACAAAGAACCGUAAACUCAAUCCCAGUUUUUUGUCCAGACAGCUCCAAAACUAUGCCGACUAGUAUAAAUUGUAAUUGGCAUUACCUUUGCUUCGGAGGAUAAUUUAGCCCAUAAACUUUCUCCCCAAAACUGGUAUUAAUAAGCGCUCAAAAUCGCUCAAUGUCGAUAACAACUCAAACUAAGGAUUUCCCACUCUUGCGAGUUCUGUACGUGCAACAAUAAGUAUCGGGAAUAUUUAUGUGAUCUUUCGGGUGAGUGUAGUCCCCAAUAGNCAACAGGAAAGGCUGGGGAACAGAAAGGUGUGACAUGGAACGAAAUUACAUUUGCAAAAAAGGUGCGUCAAUUACAAGAUAAUAUCGCCUUAUUUGAGUAUUAUAAUAUGUGGAUUUUAAUUUCUAGACAGUUUACUGCUUUAAGUUUGUAGUAGACAAAUCUUCUAUUUUUGCCAUACAGAACUAAAAAGCUACAAAAGGAAUGAGGUCGAGGCAAACACUAAAAGUCACGACUACAAGUGGCAUACAAAGGAUUGGAACGAGUGCACAAAGUCUUGUGGUGGGGGCCAGAGGAAUAGAGAAACAUUCUGCGCUGAUGAAAAGAAGAAUAAAGUAGACGAGUCUCUCUGUAAAGGUAUCGGUAAAUGAUUUUACUGACCUUCGUAGGUUCAUCAUAAUUGAAAAAUGGAAAAGUUAAUAAGGUACUUCAGUUUUUGGCCGUCGUCAACACACAAAGAACCGUAAACUCAAUCCCAGUUUUUUGUCCAGACAGCUCCAAAACUAUGCCGACUAGUAUAAAUUGUAAUUGGCAUUACCUUUGCUUCGGAGGAUAAUUUAGCCCAUAAACUUUCUCCCCAAAACUGGUAUUAAUAAGCGCUCAAAAUCGCUCAAUGUCGAUAACAACUCAAACUAAGGAUUUCCCACUCUUGCGAGUUCUGUACGUGCAACAAUAAGUAUCGGGAAUAUUUAUGUGAUCUUUCGGGUGAGUGUAGUCCCCAAUAGGACUGUCGUUGACAGUAUCAAGAACAGUCUUAGUCAGGACUACAUGCACCCGGGCGAUCAUAUUCCAGUUGCUUGUUAUAAUUAUCCAAAGUGUAAAAACGAAUACAACAGAAACAAAAACAACAUCUUACAUGCAUUACUCCAAAAAAAAUUAACUGGCUUGGUACCACUUAUUCCGUCAUAUCCUAGCAAAAAAACUUUGCUACAAAGGAGAAAGUAUGUACCCUUUAAUCACCUAUACCUUGUUGUAUUCUAUAGAUUCCCCACCCUUAGCCUGGCAAAUCUGUAAUGUGGAAGCAUGUCCCUCUCAGUACAAGUGGCACGUGGGAGACUGGGGAAAGUGUAGUAAGACUUGUGGAGGAGGAUUGAAACGAAGGACAAAAAAAUGUGCUGGAAAAGAUAUGAUUUUAACUUCAUGGAAGUUGUGCAAGGGACAUGCACCAGUUAAUAAAAUGAAGUAAGAAUUGAAUUAUACAUUUUGAAAAAAAAAGAAUAAGCAAAUAAUUUUCUAGGCCUGUGUGUUAGGAUUUGCUGUUGGAUUAAUUCUGCGACUGUUACGUACACGUUCUUGUAGUUAAAACCAAUUGAAAAGUAUUUGUUAGGUACUCAUGCUGUUACAUACAGAUAGGAGGAUCGAGGAAAUUACCCAUGAGGCCUGUAUUGUCCCCAUUAGCUGUAAAUCUUAACAUAUCGAAACUUGAAGGAAUCGAGGAUAUUACUGUUACUGAUAUUACUGUUUUAGCUCAAUUGUGUGCUGAAGUCAUUACUUAGUUCCUUUACCCAUAGAAAUGAUCCGUUAGAGACAUGAAGCAGAUUUCAAACAAGUUUCAGCAGGGGGCACUGACCAUAUUGAUAGCAGGGAAUGCAUUUAAACUUGGAAAAGUUGGCCCGACCUUUUAAUUUUUAAUCCAUUUCCAUCCUUGCCACCUGUUGCAACAGACGACAGAAAACAGUUUCAAUACCUAAACAUAGUCUUAAAUGACAAGAGUGGACAAUUAUUUUUGGAAUUCAAUUGAUGUGAAGACAAGUUUUAGCUUUUUUAAAAAGACAGUAAAUGGCGUGACAUAGCACCUUUAAAUAAAGUCUUUUUCGUUUCAUGCCUUAAGAACGUCAGUUGAUUUGUUUCUGCUAGCCAUACACUCAGUUCCUAAAAACAGCCUUCGUUCAUAUCUCUUAGGCCCAUUUCAAACGUCAAUCUUUUCAUGUACCGAACCUAAUAUCCAUUUAAUAGAGUGUUGUUACUCACGUGGUCAGCGUCUAUGCAACUUUAUUGGAACAAAAGAAAGCGUUUGCAUAAGAAAAGAGUUCAACUCUCACAGGAUUGGUUUGGGACACCAACAUGGUUGCCGUUUCAUUGGUUUGGGACACCAAGAUGGCCGCCGUGACGUCAUGUGAAAACACUCUAUAGGUCGGCCCAAAUGUUAUAAGUUCGACGGAUGAUUCAGACGUAGAGCUUAUUUAGUCGGACUAAAUUCAAUGGUCUAAAAUGCUUACAACUGAGAAUAAAUUUUAGUAAUUUAUGCAUUAGGUUCGGCACAUGAGAAGUUCAACGUUUGAAAAGAAGUCGCUCCACAGUCGAAAUUCGAAUGUGGGCCACUCGAUCUUAAUUCAUGGGUAGACCGAAAUUAGAUAUGUCGAACUUAAUUGAUUCAAACGUCGAUCUUUUCAUGUACUUAAUUGAAGGGAUUAGGUUCGGUUCAUGAAAAGAUCGAUAUUUGAACUGGGCCUUCAACUAACGUCAAGUUGAAAAUACCAGUCGUAUUUCACAUCGAUCAGUGGAACUAUACUUGCUGAUAACUAAUACUUGUAAUGAAUAAUAAUUUCGUACGUAGGUGCAAUACUGGACCUUGCCCAGUCAAAAAGCUGAGAGUUUCAUCUUCUCCUGUUUGGAAGGUGAGUUUUCUGUACGCAUGAAUCUAUCACGUUGUCUGGUUUACAUACAAGCGCCUUUUUAUUAAAAUAUCAGUGCUUUAAGUUCAGAAAGUAAGAACGGCGUUGUCUCGAGUAAAACCGGCUCUUUCUUUUAGUUUUCUGCGAAUUGAAUGUUAAUUCUGGCCAUACUUCAAAAGAGCUAUAACAAUUUUGAAUCGCCAUUAUUUCUUUUUAUUUCGGACCAAUGUUGAAUUAAUGUAACAGGGAAUGUAUCAACGUUUUAGCAGUUAAAAUGAUCUAUUUGACAAUUAUUUUGAUCAAAUUUUGGUUCGCUCCAGGUUAGCCCGUGGAGUAAAUGUUCCAAAACAUGUGGACAUGGACAUCAAAUAAGGGGAGUUCAUUGCAUGCGAAGCAACAAUAAGCCAUUGAGCUCAUCGUCGUGUGCUGGACAAACCAAACCUGUGGCUGUUCGAAGAUGUUUUUUGAAAGACUGCACUCUACGAAGAGGUUUGAGUUGUUCAGCAUCUUGAUCAACAUCAUCAUCGUCAUCAUCAUCAUCUUGAGCCAUCGUCAUCAUGAUUUUUAUCCAGAAUAAUGAUUAUGGUUAUUAUUUUGCUAAUGAUAAUGAUGAUAAUAGAUGAAAUGAUAUGUGUGGAGCGAAGAACACAGAAAAAAAUUAUGAGUAAUGAUGAUGAUGACGAUCAUAAAGAUGAUGAUGAUGAUGAUGAUGUGUUGAUAAUGAUGAUGAUUGUCAUUUACUUUCGCUCCCUUUUUUCCCACAAAUGCGAUUUUUUGCAAUUACAUCCCAACUGGUCCACACUGUACAUGUUUUUUUACGCCUUAAUAGAGACCUUUAGAUUCGAGGACGAGAACGACUAUGAGUAGGAGAUUGAACUUAAAUUUUUCUCGCGUAUUCUCAAAAAAUAGACACCUCGGAAAGCUUCAUUGUACUUUUUUUCAUUAGAAAAGAUAGUACUGUUAUCUAUAUUGAAGCAGAUGAAGCCCUCUCUCGGUCGCAAAAUAAUAAAACCUCUGAUAUUUGAUAACUCGUUUUCGCCAUUACGACGUUCUCGCUAAAAAUCGUAGUAGAAUGACGACGGCUACCAAGUUUUCCAGCGAAAAUGGCGCUGGUUCACGCGUGCGCACUACUGUCUUAGUAGUGAGGAAAUCUUGUCCUCGUAGUCGUACUCGUUUUAGAAUCUAAAGGUCUCUAAUACAAUUAAAGGGUCAGCGACUGCGAGAGUUAAUUGGUACUGAAAAAGAUAAUCGUAACAGAUAUAAGAGAUGGCCUUUCAUCUGGCUCAAGUACUCGUGAAAUAUUAAUGCUGUAUGUUGUCAAAUUGCUUUAUGUUGUAUGCAUUCCGAGAAUUUGUAUCAUCUCUAGAAUAAUAAACUGUCUUCUUUAUUCUUUUGUUUUUCGAUGAGAUGGCAAUGAGCAUGAGCUGUUUUUUUCUAAUCCCGUACCUUUAAGCUUACAAAAUGUUGACCACUUUAAUGUUUGGUAUUUUUUUAGUUCAUAGAUGUUCUGAUAAUCACGUGAUGUGUAAGAUUUGGACUAGACAAGGAAGCUGCAGAACGUCCAAGUGGGUUCGUUCUAAGUGUCCACGUGGAUGCAAGACUUGCUAA